GGGAACUGUGCAGCCUGGGAAAACCACAAUCAGGAGGGAGAGGGACAUGGGGCUCUGAGAACCCUUGAGUGAGUGCCCUUAGUGGACCAUGGAGGAGGAAUAUAGGCAACAGGCACAACAUGCAGGUCAUUUUAUUUCACUGUCAGCACCAUGGGAGGAGUCUUCAAGAGGAAUUUGGUUGUGGCAGGGCCAGGGCACUGCAGAUGAGCUUGAGCUGUACCACACAUAGGUGUCCACGUGGAUGAAGGCACAGAGGUGAUUCCAUGAAAAGCUGAAGGAAAAGUGAACAAGGCUGAGAGCACUGGUAGAGCAGAGGAUACUGUCCCUGUCAAAUGUGUGGUGCUGAAUAACAUGAAUUAACUUUAUUCUGAUCUCAGUUCCACUUAAAUUUCAGAACUGACUAGCUUCAAGCAGAAGCCAAUUUUUUUUAAAAGCAAUCUGCCAUACGAAUGCUUCUAUAAAUGGAAGGCAACGUCCUCCCAUCCUUGUCUCAAAGUCAUGUGGCUCUGAGGUGCAAGCUAGGCAAUAUGUUAUAUAUAAAAUUCUUCUUCUAAAGCUUGUGCAGUUGUGGUUCUGUACUAAGGAAGCCUGGCUUUAUAGUAAUAAUAAAUAUUGGCACUAACUGUUUUCUCAAACUUCUUAUAAUACUAUUUCUGUAAUACAUACCGGCUAUGUCAAAUGUCUGACUGGGGUAGUAUUUUAUCAUUUUUUUUACUGGCAUGCAUUUUGGAUGAAUUGCGUAACUUGUGAUGAGCCCAUUCCAUACUCAGGAUAACUAAGGGUACAUACAUCUACACUGCAAUUAGACAUCCUUGGCUAGCCCACACCAGCAGACUUGGGCUAAGGGGCUGUUUAAUUGUAGACAUUUGGGCUCAGGCUGCAGCCCUAGGUCUGGGACCCUCCACACUUGCAAAGUCCUAGAGCCCGGGUUCAGCCCGAGCCUGAAUGUCUACACUGCAAUUAAACAGCCCCUUAGUCUGAACCCCAGGAUCUUAAGUCACGGGCCAGCCGUGGGCUUUUAAUUGCAGUGUAGACACACUCUAAAACCUCUUCACCACACUGUCACGUAUUCCUUAUAUCUAUUAUAUAAUGUCACGGUAUUUUAUCACUGCUUGUUGCACUAAACUGUUUAGGCUAAAAUUGUGCCAGCACUUAUGAACUGUGUGUGUGAGGAUGGAAUAAGGAGCCUUCCCCCAAUCAUUGCCACAGCAAAAUGGGGAACUCCAGGCAGAACUGCGCCUUGUGGAGGCAAGAGCCUCCCAAUGCUCUGUACUAUUCUACUACAGACUGCGGCUAAACUCAUGUAACCCCCCUUUGUCCCCUUUCCCCUCCCAGCCAUGCUUAAAAUACAAACAGCCACAAUGUCUGAUGUAUUGCAAUUUGCAGGUGAAACCAUGUGGAAAAAAUAACCAUUAUUUCUAUGGGUCAAUUUAGGAGCAUAGUCCAUAGUUCUGCUUCAAAUGCAGACUCUCUCAAGGUAAACUAAAAGGAUCAGAAGGGCGCAUUAAAAUGGUGGUAACAUUUCUGAGUUAUGCUGUCAUCCCAUUAAACUGAAACACAGUUCUCUCCAUUAUUUUCUUACACAAGGCAAGACAUCCCAAUUAAUAUUGACACAUUUUAGAAAGACAAAUUUUCAUAAUAAACUUUGUGGCCACCUGUUAAGGGUUUUGGUACAUUAAUCAUGCUGCUUUUCAUGAUAAACAUAGAAUCGUGUCCUUGUCCUUGUUGCCCUUUCUUUUUUGUUUCAAGGCAAACCAGUUUUUAAGUAUAGUGUUGCUGUGAAGGGUGGAGAGAGGUGUGAAACUGUUUUUCCAGGUAAGCAUACGCAUUGAUUCUUUAAAUUGCUUUUGGAAACAGGAAACAUAUUACUGGUUGCUGUUAGCAUAAACCAACUAAAUAUUUUUAAUUAUGUAAGCGUUUUUUUAAUUAUUGCCUAAUCCGAAUUCCUUUCAGCUAUAGCUUUCCUAAGGUAGGACAGAGCAGUAAGUAUGGGCCUGAUUCUUAUUUCCAUUGAAAUCAAUGGAAGUGCUUUCGGUGACUUCAGCAGGAAUGGGAGUGGGGAAUUGUAACUGAAUUCAAAAUAUAAUUCUGCAAUUUAACGUGUUAGAGUUUAAAGCCGUUAAAGUCAAUGGAAAACAUCCAGUGAUUUUCAGCGGACUUUGGAUUAUGAAUUUAGUGUAGCCCAGUUGAAAUGGAUAGUUAGGGGUCCAGGCUGAGAUUGCUCGAAGCAGCCUAAGGGAGAUCCCUUAGACUCCUUUGAAAAUUCCAACCUCUAGUUUCUUAACAUGAUUCAGGCUUAUACUCAGUGCUGACGUCAGAGGUAUCCUCCCUCUUGUCUGCCCUUGGUGCUUGCCCAGCUGGAAUUUAACAAUUCCAAUGUAACUCUUGAGCAAGAGGGAGUCCAUUGAAUUCCGGGCUUCAUUUCCAAUAAUUCAGAGGGCAAAACGCUGCAAUAAACUGUGCUACAAUGAGAAGUGCUUUAUUUCAAAGCCUUCUCUUGAUUACAGCUGGAAUGUCCUCAACUUGCAGCCCCAUCUCUAAUCUUAUGGCUGAUAGCACUACACAACUUGCAGUGGAUCUCUACCAAGUUCUCCAUUGUUUUCCUAAAGAGGAGAACAUCAUACACUCGCCACUUGGUGUUGCUUUACUUCUUGGAACGGUGCAGUUGGGGGCAAAGGGAAAAGCACUUAAUGAGAUAACACAAGCUUUGAAACUGCAAGGGAAUAAAGAUGGUGAAGAAUUCUCUCUGCUCCAGACACUUUUCUCUGUCACCUCAGAAAAGAAAGAAUUUACAUUUAAUCUUGCCAAUGCCCUCUACCUUCAAGAAGGAUUCACUGUAAAAGAACAGUAUCUCCAUAGCAACAAGGAAUUUUUUCAGACUGCUAUAAAACUGGUGAAUUUCCAAGACACAAAAGCUUGCACAGAGGCCAUAAGUACCUGGGUAGAAAACAAAACAGAUGGCAAAAUAAAAAAUAUCAUUUCAAGUGAAGAAUUUGGUCCUCUCACUAGGCUUAUUCUGGUGAAUGCUAUUUACUUCAAAGGAGACUGGAAGCAGAAGUUCAGACCAGAAGCUACCCAUGAGAUGGAUUUUACUAAGAGAGAUGGUUCUGUAACUAAGAUACCAAUGAUGCAUCUUCAGCUGAGAACAAAGUUUGGUCAUUUUUCUGACAAUAAUGUGAGCUACCAGGUGUUGGAAUUACCUUACAAAGGGAAGGAGUUCAGCUUAAUUUUAACACUUCCUUCAGAAGAUGUAACUAUAGAAGAAGUAGAAAAACUAAUUACAGCUCAGUUGAUAAAAGACUGGUUUGCUGAAACACAAGAGGAAGACGUAGAAAUAAGCCUCCCUAGGUUUAAAAUAGAACAGACAGUGAACUUACAAGAAACGCUGCGCUCCCUCAAUGUGAAAGAGAUAUUUAGUGGUGUCUGCGAUCUUUCUGGAAUAACAGAAUCAUCUGACAUACACAUUUCUAAAGCUAUCCAAAAAGUUUGUAUUGAGGUCAAUGAAGAUGGCAGUGAAGCUGCAGCAUCCUCAAGCACGCAUAUGGCAGCAAUCAUGAGUAUGUCACAUAACCAGUUUGUGGCUAACCGCCCAUUCCUAUUUAUCCUGAAACAUAAUCCAACAGGUUCAAUUGUGUUUAUGGGAAGGCUGGCAAACCCUGACAUUCAAAACACAAGGAGAAGAGAUAUGGAGUCACUAUAAUCAUAACAAAGACAGAAAAAAUGUAAUGUUCUAAAAUUAAAAUCUGAUCAUUAU